AUAAAACCUUCGCAGAAUAUCUCCCAAAAAAGUAAAAAACAGAAUUCGCACAUGAAUUAGUUGGCAUGCAAUAUAAUGCAAGUAGAAGAAGCUAGAAGAAUUUAGUAGGCUAGUUUAUUUUUCCAGAGAUUGAGGUGUUGCAUUAUCCUCUCAACACGUUUCUUUCAACGUAACUCCACCCUUAUGAUCUGUCACUCCACCGACCACCGCCUCUUACCGCCGUCUCGCCGCUAUAUAAAUCCCUCUCCGCCACCUGAUAUUGUCACACAACAUCAGCUUCAUUUAUAUCACCAAACCUAACAGUUUCAAAUUUAAUAAAAUGAGCCAGCAACAGCCACGAAGGCUGGAGAACGUUCUCCAAGAGCCCAUCAAAUAUCAAGACGUUUUCAGCGUCUCCGACGAGCUCGCUUCCAAACCCAUAACUCUCCAAGACGCCGCCGCCAUGCAGUCUGCCGAGAACUCCACGCUCGGCCAGUGCCAGAAGGGCGGUCCUGCCGCCGUCAUGCAAUCAGCCGCCGAUCGUAACGCCCGGUAUGCCGGAGUUGACCCAGAUGAAGUGACCGACGUCGUAAGAGACCGCGGCGUCUCUGUUUCACGAACUGACAUCGCCGGCAAUCGUGUAGUUACGGAAGCUGUCGGAGCUGAUAUUGUGGGGCGAUAUGUCCGUCCAUUGGAAAAUGCAAGAGAUGAGAAGGAGCGUUCUCCCGGGGGCCCACAGCAUGGUAUAGUGAGCGACGGAAUCACCAUCGGCGAAGCCCUUGAGGCGUCUGCUAUCUCCGCCGGGGAGAAACCGGUGGAUGAAAGCGACGCGGCCGCGAUACAGGCGGCGGAAGUCAGAGCAACCGGUUUUGGAGCGGUUUUGCCUGGUGGGGUAGGAGCGGAAGCUCAACGCGCCGCCACAAUCAACGCUAGAACCACUAAGGAUGAGUUCAAAACCAAGCUCGGUGAUGUUCUCACGGAUGCGAGUGCUAAGCUUAUGGAUGACAAGACCGUGACGGCGGAGGAUGCGGCUGCGGUUGUGAGAGCGGAAGCAAGGAAUAAAGAAGGGUUUACCACUCCCGGUGGCGUGGCGGCUACUAUGGCGGCGGCGGCCGGCCUCAAUCAAGAUGCCGCUUUCAAUGAUUCCUAUACCGUGUAAUAGUACGAAGUAUAGUAAAGUAAUGCUAAGAUAUACAAGUACUAGAAUGUGGUCUACUUCUAAAUACUACGUAUACUAGAAUGUGUGUGUUUUGGUCUUUUGUUGAGUUGGAGAACCCAAGCUACGAAUGGGAGACGACCGUUGACCGAUCUUCCAAACAUUACUAUACGUAUAUGUAGUUUGGUUCUCAUGUAAAUAGUAAUGUAAGAAAUGAGUAUAAAAAACGUGACUACAAUAUAUAAUGCCCAAAUAAUCUAG